AUGUUAGAUACUAAAUAAAUUGCUUUUAUAGCAUUAACUGCUAUUACUAUUGCUGGGCUUAGCACAUAAGCAUAUUACUUAUAUACAACACCUUCUUUCGAUCCUUAGCUAGCAAUCGAUAUCGAUUACUACUCAAAGGUAUCUUAUUGUGAUGUUGAUGCUAUUUAAAAAUGGAAUUGCGGUGACUCUUGUAAUUAUCACUCUGGAAUGACUGAUGUCUAAGCUUUCAAUAAAAAAACUAAAGAAGCAUAAGGUUACUGUGGGUAUGAUGCCUCAAAUAAGCGUAUUGUUGUUGCUUACCGUGGUAGCAGUAAUAUAUAAAACUGGAUAGCUAACUUCUAAGCAAUUCCUGUUAAAUAUGCUGGAUGUUAAGGAUGUCUCGUUCAUGAUGGUUUCUAAUUAACUCUUAAGGAAAUCUCUGAUAAUAUAAAUACCUGUGUUUAAGGUUUAGCUAACAAAUAUUAAGACGCACAAGUAUUUGUCACUGGUCACUCUCUUGGUGGUGCUCUUGCUACACUCUCCGUUCUUGAAAUAGCUAAGAUUGUCGAUCCUUCUAAAAUUGUCUUUAUGAAUUUCGGCUCUCCUCGUGUUGGUAAUCAAUAAUUCGUUGAAUAUUUCGACUCAGUAAUCACAAACGGAAUUAGAGUUGUGAACUUUAAAGAUAUUGUUCCUCACUUACCAUUAAAAAUAAUGGAUUUUAAGCACGUAAAUACUGAAGUAUGGAUGCUUUCAAAUGGUGCUGUUAAUGAUUAUAAGGUAUGUCCAACUGAAGAAGACCCCUAAUGCUCUGACUCAGUCAAGCUUCCUAAUGCUGCUGACCACACUAAUUACUUUGGAUUCUAUACAGGAUGUUGA